AUGUUUGGUCACCUUUGUGGUGAAACAAUCAAAAAUAGAAAUGUUCCACUGACAUGGACCAAUCAGAUCUCAAGACAGACAUCCGCCUCUAAGACCCUCACCAUCAUCAGCCCCCCAGCACCAGUCUCUGAGAUGGAGAGCUCGAGAGUCACUCUCAUCGCUCUCGUCUUUAUUUUGUUCUCCAGGAUCUCUGGAGAAGAAGUGCAGCUGAGAGUCAGGCAAGGAGACGACAUCACCCUACACUGCGACUGUGUUUGGGAGACUGGAUUCAAUAUAGUUUGGUUUAGAAACUCUUCAUGUGAGCAUCAACCUCCUCUAAGUAUCUCGCCUGAGGAUUUCCUGCUUGGGACUCUUCCACGUUACAUGCUGGUGUGGAAUGCCUCCACCAGAACUCAUGAUCUGCUGCUGAGGAACAUCACUGAAUCAGAUCUGGGCCUUUACUAUUGUGGUGUACAUGAUAAAAAGAUAACUGAAGGAAACGGGAUUAUACUCAAUGAGAAUAUUUACCAUUAUGGAAACCGGACCACUCGGCUCUCUCUCUUCGGCCCCUGUCCUGAUCUCCCCCAGACCCCUCUCACUCCUCCUGUAUCAGACUGUAGUGUCUGCUGGAAGCUGCUGGCCAGUGUGUGCGUCCUUCUCUCGUCAUGCUUGACCUUAACCUGUGCUUACUGCUGGAGCAAAACUAAAGUAUCAGACCGUGGAGCAGACCAACAGACGAGUGUGAAGAUGAGAAAGCAUAAUGAGGUAGAAGGACGUGAGGUUUGUUAUGCUUCGCUGGACAUCCCGAGCAGAGGACAGAAACGUCCAACGACAAAGGGAGUUGAGAACUUCUGUACUUAUUCUGUGGUUAAAACCGAGAGAAUGUAGAUACAAUGAAGAGGAUUCAUUCAUUCAUGAUUCCCAGGUGUUCUGCUGGUGAGGGUGGGAACCAAUGUAGCUCAGGGGAAUCCAGUUCAGAGGGAACAUUUAUCAGAAUAUGCAUGACAAGAGUUCAAACCUUCGCCAUUUUUUAAAAUAUUUGAACAUAAUUUGAACAUACCAGCUGCCAUUAACACGUGAUUACAUUUCUUGCUGAACCGACCAAUAGAAAGAAUCCAAAAUGACUUAGAAUAACAUGAUGUCAUUAACUUGCAUUGAAAGUCAUGGAUGUUUUCUCCUUUCCUGUUAAAGUUACUUUUUUGAAGAUAUGAGCUUUUGUUCAGACAUCAACAAUAAAAAUGUCAUCAUGAAAAAAAAAAAAAAAAAAAAAAAUUCCAUUUAAAAAAAUCAUGGCUUGAGUGAUAAUUCGGUAACACUUCACUGUAGGGUAUGGUCCAUAAAGCUACAUGACCUUGUAACGCCAGGGAGCGAUGAGGCGGAUACACAUCCUGAGUAAAGUGAGUUUUAUUACAGGCAAAUCCAAAAUCAGGGCCGAGACGGUCCAGGUUCAUGUAGCCAACGCGGAGAAAAGAAACACAGACUGAA